AUGGAGGCAGGGCAGAAGAAGGAAAUUGCUGAGACCACUCAGAUUCUUCAACAAACCUUUAUCAGCGAGAAAGAGCUCCUGCUAAAGAAGGAAAAGAUGGUUGAAGAGGAAAAGGAGAGGUUAGAGCGACUUUAUGAAGAUGAAUUGAAGAAAUCUCAAUCCCUGAAGGAUGAACAAAGCGAACAAAUGAAGAAACUGGAGGAUGAGAAAUGCAGGCUUCAGGCCAGUAUGGAGGAGGCAUUGAGAAAGCAAAAGAAGGCAGAGGAUCUGGUUCACGCUAAGCAAAAGGAAUUGCAGGAAAUGGAAGAGAAGAGACAGCAGAAAGAGAAGCAGCUGGCUGAGGAAAAUCGGAUACUGAGAGAGCAACUGGAAGCACAGAAGAAGAUGAAAGAGAUGGCUCCAAUUGAGCAAGUGACAGUGACUCCGGUGAAGGCCAUUUCCAAUGGCAGAGAUGUGGUUGAUUCAGUUCCUGAAAGUGAAGACACCAAACUCACUUUCACUGGCCUUCGCCAGCCAGUAACGGCCGGUCGUCUACAGCAAGUUGGUAUCUUGAGCAAGAAACAGUUGGACAAACUGAAGAAGGGUUCAUUAACAGUACAGGAACUCUCCCAAAAGGAAAAUCUCAAGAAUUAUCUGCAGGGCAAGAGCUGCAUUGCUGGUCUCAUCAUUGAGCCUAGAAAUGAGAAAAUGAGCAUCUAUCAGGCUAUGAAGCAGGGAUUAUUGAAACCCACUACAGCUACAACACUGCUUGAGGCACAGGCAGCUUCUGGCUUCAUUAUUGACCCCAUUAAAAACAAGAAGCUGCCAGUGAAUGAGGCCAUUAAGGAAGCUGUGGUUGGACCAGAGCUUCAGGAAAAGCUGCUGUCUGCAGAGAGGGCAGUGACUGGUUACAGGGAUCCCUACACUGGAAAGACAAUCUCCCUGUUUGAAGCAAUGAAGAAAGAUCUCAUCAGUGCAAACCAUGCAAUAUGCCUACUGCAAGCUCAGAUGGCAACGGGUGGAAUCAUUGACCCUUUGAACAGUCAUCGUCUACCCUUGGAGCAGGGCUAUAAGCAAGGCAUCAUCGAUGAGGACAUGAACAGAACACUUGCCAGUGACAGCGAUGAAACCAAAGGAUAUUUUGACCCCAAUACCCAGGAAUACCUUACUUAUUUCCAACUGAUGGACAGGUGUCAAAAGGACUCAGAAACUGGACUCUGUCUCUUGCCAUUGACUGAUGAAGCAGUGAGACACAAGGGAGGUUAUACAACAGAGCAAACACGUGACAUCUUCAGCACAGCCACAGUGUCUGUCCCAUCCGGAAAAUUCUCUGGUAAAACGGUCACUAUCUGGGAAUUGAUAAACUCUGAGUAUUUCACUGACGAACAACGUCGGGACCUUAUCCGACAAUACAGAUCAGGAAAAGUGACAAUUGAAAGCAUCAUCAAAUACAUCAUUACAAUUAUUGAUGAGGCUGAAGCAAAAAAACAGCUUCUCUUCAACGGACUAAGAGACAAGGUUCCUGCCAGUGAGUUACUUGAAUCCAAGAUCAUUGAUAAG